UAUGUAAAAUAUGAUAGUGAUAGUUAAUUCUACAAUACUUCAAUUGAACACCCCCGCCCCAGUGAGCGUGGCUUACAGGUGUUAAUUUUCCCAUUGCCUUUAAAUGGGGCAGCAAUACUUGAGGCCUGGGAAUUCUGCCUCGCAACUUGUGACGUAAACCCGGAAGCAGAAUGUUAGCAAUUCCGUUGCUUUUAGCUAGCUAUCUUAAACACUAGCAAAGCAGCGUACAUGAAAUGCCAUUUUUGUUUUUGUAAAAUACAAAGUGUGUGGAGGGGUAUUAUUAGUUGAGAGUGCAGGAGGAGGAUCACAUGAGCGGCCUCCUUCUUCUUUGGGGGGGAUGGGCAGAGUGGUGAGAGGCUGGAGUGUGUUUGUGUGUGAGAAAGAGAGAGAGUGUGGAGUUUACUACGAGCACCAUGGCUUCACACACGCACGCUAAAAGUUUGUGCUGCUCGGAAGUGAACAAAGUGGUCUAAUAUGAACGCCAAGCUGUGGGAACGGCACUUAUCGGAAGCGAAAGACUCAGCGGAAGAAAAGGGAAAUGGUCCCAAGUGAAGUGCAGUGAUUGAGGAACGUUGCGUUCACGGACUAUGCGAGGAUACCGCUGAGGCGAUAUGAACGCAGACAUUCGGGGUUGCUCCUCGAAUCUUCCUCGCUUGCCUCCGCUUCUGUGUCUUCGGGGAUGUGUGCGAGUUGCCUCCGUGCUGCUUCGGUUCGGUCCGUCCUGACGGUCCGUUUCUGCGUCCCGCUGCUGCUCCUCUGCGCCCUGGGACUGUGCUCCGAGCUGAGGGUUCGAGUCCGGCUAGCCGACGGACUGGUGACCGACGAGGUCUUGGAGGCGGACAGCGAGAGAGAUGCGAUAUCUGUGGAGUUCAAGCAAGGAGAUGGGACCCUCGUCACCUUUGUGGCGGACUUCAAACAGGAAGUGAAGAUAUUCCGAUCGCUAAUCCUGGGCGAGCUGGAAAGAGGGCAGAACCAGUACCAAGCCCUGUGCUUCAUCUCUCGCCUCAACCGCAAUGAGAUCAUCCCCAGCGAGUCCAUGGCCCGCCUCAGACAGAAAAACCCUCAUGCCAUUCGCUUGGCGGAGGAGCGGCGAGGCCUGGAGCAGCUGACCAUGACCACCUCGGUCAAUCUGAGUCGAGCGUGGCAGCUGAGCAGCCACAUCCACAACAUGUGCAGCGAGGCCCGAGAGGCCAUCUACACCAGGGAGGCUGAUGUCAAGCACUGGCUGGACAAAGGCGUGGACGGCUCCGCAUUUGAGGUGCUACCCCACACCACCCAGGCGCCCCACUUCCAGGCCUGUCACGCCACUAAGGACAUGUGGGAGCCAUGUCUUUGCACAUACAGCCUACGUCUGGAGUGGUAUCCAUGUCUCCUCAAGUACUGCCGCAACCGGGACAAUACGGGCAAAGGCUCCACCUACAAGUGCGGCAUCAAGAGCUGCAGCAAGGGCUAUCACUUCACCUACUACGUCCCCCAAAAACAGCUCUGUCUAUGGGACGAGGAGACCUAGUACUGGGCCUCAUUUUGUUUUCUUGGAGUGGAUGAGUUGACGCUGGGGAAGAAUUGAGACAAAAACAUCACUGUGAUUUAAAGUGAAGUGGCCUUUAUAUCUGAAGAGGACGCCAGCUAAGGAUCCUCAUCCAGCUCACAGACAAAGACAAUGCUUCCCAAUGCUGGAUUUAUUUAUUUUGCUCGACUACAGACUGUUUUAAAACUUUCUUAUGAAUAUCUUUUUUUUUUGCAUCGAAGCAUGUGCUUCAUACACCACAUCUCCUCAAACAAUAGGAUCCCACAGCACAUCCGCUUUGUGUGUCUCAACCGUGUUGUUUUUGUUUUCCAGCAAUCACAUGCUCAGCCUGAUUGCGUCAAAUAAACCAAAGUCAAAGCAACAGUUGAAAAAGAUGCAAUUCAGACAUUGCUCAGUGAUGGCACUCUUUUAACCACUAUCCUGCCAUCUGGUGGUGUACUUUUAACAUUUCUCUGCUCUGUUAAACGUCAACUGUUCUUUAAUUUAUGCAGCUCAAACCCAUGAUCCUUAUGACAUUAUUCAAGGCGCACUUCCUGAACAUGCGGGACCAAAUAGAGCAGUGUUUACUCUACCAAUAUGGCCUUUUCAGCUCUGUUGAGCAAGUGCCUCCAUGUUCCCCCCGCCCUUAUUUUGACUACAAUGUACAGAUUUGCUAUAUGAGGAGGAAAUGAAGCGAUGUGCCAUUCAAGAGUCGUCUCAAUAAAGUUUUUAAUUUGCACUGCA